UCCAGUAGGGAAGGCUCAGUAUAAAUACCAGCUGCCUCUCCCCAGCAGGCAGGAUCAGCAGCUCUGCUUCCCCAGAACUCAGCACGAUGAAGCUUUUCACAGGCCUCAUGUUCUGCUCCUUGGUCCUGGGAGUCAGCAGCCAAGGCUGGUGGAGCUUCAUCCCUGAGGCUGUUGGAGGGGCUCGGGACAUGUGGAGGGCCUACAGCGACAUGAAAGAAGCCAAUUACAUAGGUGCAGACAAAUACUUCCAUGCUCGAGGGAACUAUGACGCUGCACGAAGGGGACCUGGGGGUGCCUGGGCAGCUGAAGUGAUCAGCGAUGCCAGAGAGGGUUUUCAGUCCUUCACAGGCCGUGGAGAUGAAGACACGAGGGCUGACCAGGAAGCCAACAAAUGGGGCCGCAGUGGCAAAGACCCCAAUCACUUCAGACCUCAUGGGCUGCCUGACAAGUACUGAGCUUCCUCUUCACUUGCUCCCAGAUAUGAGGUUGUGAGCCCCUGAGGGUGGGGACACAGGGUUAUUGAGUUCUGUGUCCCCAGAAGCUAGCAAAGGGCACAUCACAGGUUCCCAAUAAAUUUUUAAGAAAUGGAAUUAGUGGAAAAACCGUGUCUUCUUUGUGAUCACUUUUGGUACCG